AGGAGGAGGGAGCGGCAGGUUUCGUGGAGCAUCUGCAGCCUCCUCGGGCCCACGGCGCUUGUCCACGCGGACUGUGUCCACGCAGCGUGUCCUCCUCUCUCGUCGCGCGGAGCGGCUGAAGAGCGUGGUGCGCGAUGGCUAAUGCGUCCCCAGACCUGGACAACGCCGAAGCCCAGCGACAGCUCAACAAUAACAACCGGCCAGUCAGCUCGGGCUUCUGGGAGACGGAGUGCACCAGCUCCAAACUCUUCGAGUGCUCUCGAAUCAAAGCGCUGGCAGAUGAGCGGGACGCAGUGCAGAAGAAGACUUUCACAAAGUGGGUGAACUCUCACCUGGCCAGAGUGUCGUGUCGCAUCUUGGACCUGUACAACGACCUGAGAGAUGGAUAUAUGCUCACCAGGCUGCUGGAGGUCCUCAGCGGAGAGCUGCUGCCGAGGCCUACCCGAGGUCGAAUGAGGAUCCACUGCUUGGAGAAUGUUGACAAAGCCCUGCAGUUUCUUAAAGAACAGAGGGUCCACUUGGAGAAUGUGGGCUCCCACGACAUUGUUGAUGGAAACCACCGCCUUACCCUGGGCCUCAUCUGGACCAUCAUCCUACGUUUCCAGAUCCAGGUAAUCAAGAUAGCGACGGAGGACAACAGAGAGACUCGUUCUGCCAAAGAUGCUCUGCUGCUGUGGUGCCAGAUGAAGACGGCGGGAUAUCCUGAGGUGAACAUCCAGAACUUCACCACCUGCUGGAGAGACGGUCUCGCCUUCAACGCCCUCAUACACAGACACAGACCAGAUCUGAUACAGUUCCACAAGCUGACACGGUCCAAUGCAACCCACAACCUCCAGCAAGCCUUCAACGUGGCCGAGCAGUACCUGGGCCUCACCAAACUCCUGGACCCUGAAGAUGUAAACACUGAGAAUCCUGAUGAAAAGUCCAUCAUCACCUACGUAGUCUCCUAUUACCACUACUUCUCAAAGAUGAAGGCUCUUAUUGUGGAGGGGAAGAGGGUUGGCAAGGUACUUGACAGCUGUAUCGAGGCCGACAAGAUAAUUAACCGUUACGUGGCUCUGGCGUCAGAUCUGCUGGAGUGGAUCGAGAAAACCAUCGGCGUCAUCAGCAACCAGAAAUUUGCUAACUCGCUGACCGGCGUUCAGCAGCAGCUUCAGGCCUUCACAACCUACUGCACCAUCGAGAAGCCCAUCAAGUUCCAGGAGAAGGGGAACCUUGAGGUCCUUCUCUUCACCAUCCAAAGCAAACUGAGGGCUAACAACCAGAAACCCUACGUGCCUCAUGACGGGAAGCUCAUCUCAGACAUCAAUAAGGCCUGGGAAAGGCUGGAGAAGGCGGAGCAUGAGAGGGGCGUGGCUCUGCGUAAGGAACUGAUUCGGCAGGAGAAGCUGGAACUGUUGGCUCAACGCUUUGACCACAAAACCACCAUGAGACAGGCCUGGCUGAAUGAAAACCAGAGACUCGUGUCCCAGGACAAUUUUGGGUAUGACCUGCCAGCGGUUGAGGCGGCGAUGAAGAACCGGGCCAUUGACGCGGACAUAGCAUCGUAUGAAGAACGAAUCAGUGUGGUGGUGAACUCACUGCAGAGAUGGAGCGGGAAGUACUACGACAUCCGGCGGAUUUUGGCUCGAAACGAGAACAUUUUAGGCCAGUGGGGUCUCCUGAAGGAGCUGCUGGGGGAGCGGCCACGGCUGGAGAAGAAACUGGCUCUGCAGAAGACCUUUCAGGACAUGGUCUACAUGAUUGACUGGAUGGAGACACACAGGCUCAGCCAGCUGCUGUCAAAGGACUUUGGUAAACAUCUUCUGGAAGUGGACGACCUGCUGCAGAAACACAGCCUGCAGGAAGCUGACAUCAGCGUGCAGGCUGAGCGUGUCCAGACGCUCAACACGGCAGCGAUCACAUUCACAACCAUAGAAGGUUACCAACCGUGUGACCCCCAGGUGAUCUGUAACCGUGUCAACCAUGUCUCUUCCUGUCUGGAGGAGCUGAAGCAGCUGGCAGCUAAAAGACGCACUGAGCUUGAGGAGUCAAGACAACUGUGGACGUUUUUUCAGGAGCUGGAGGAGUCGGAGGCCUGGAUCCGGGAGAAGAGUUCCAUCCUGGGAGCUCAGGGUUACGGGAAGGACCUGAGCAGUGUGCCUGAGGCUGACUGCAGAAACAUUAAAACUCUGGCAGGAGAACUGCCUGGCUCACGCUCGCUACUGCAGAACACCAUGAAGCGAGGCAAGCAGAUCCUAAGCGAGAAGAGUUCACAUGGGGGGAUCCAGGAGCACAUCAUGGAGGUGAAGAGCCAGUGGAAGAGGCUGGAGGACCAGGCCGCACAGCGUCUCUGCCACCUGCAGGAGGCGCUCAAUUUCUUCCAGUUUUCAACCGAGACCGAUGACCUGGGGCGUGGGCUGCAGGAUGCUUACCGCCUUUCUCGAAGCGAUGACUUUGGACAUGAUGAGUACUCCACCCAGUCCUUGCUGAAGAAGCACAGAGGCGUCAGUGAGGCCAUCGACAAACAUCGUGUGCAUGUCGUGGCAUUACGCAAACACAUGGUGAUGCUGCCGCCACACUACCGUGAGCAGGAGGAGGUGCAGGUGCGUAUGGGGGAGGUGGAGCAGCUCUACACCGAGGUGGCCGAGGUGGCAGUACUCAGACAGCAGUGGCUCCACGACGCUCUCGCCGUGUACCACAUGUUCAGUGAGGUCAACGCCUGUGAGCUCUGGAUCGACGAGAAGGAACAGUGGCUGGACAAGAUGGAGGUCCCAGAGAGACUGGAGGACGUGGAGGUGGUGGCACACAGGUGGAACAGCAUCGUGGAACUGGUUGAGCAGAAAAAGGAUCAGCUGGACUCAAUGUUGCGCCUCCAGAAUUACCUCCUGGAAUGUACAGAGAUCAAGUCCCAGAUCCAGGACAAGAGGAAGGCCAUUGAUGCCACCCAGUACGGGGGCAGUGACCUUGGAGGUGUGCUGGCACUGCAGAGACGCCUCUCCACCAUGGAGGGCGCCCUUUCUGUGCUGGAGCCCAAACUGCUCCAUCUGCAGGAACAGGCGGAGCAUCUGGCCAACGUCCAUCAGAACAGGGCCAUGGAGGUUCUUGUACCUUUUGAUGACAUCAGCGUGGAGUGGGAGGAGCUGAAACGGACUCUGCAGGGGUGCGAGGAUUCACUGAUGGUGGCGAGUCGGUUGCAGAGUUUCAUACAGGAUUUGGACUCAUUCCUCACAUGGUUGGUCCAGACUCAGACAGCUGCUGCCUCGGACCAGCUGCCCAAUGAUCUGGAAGAGGCGGAGAAACUCAUCAACAAGCACGCUGCUCUGAAGGAGGAGAUCGGCCGGUAUGAAGAGGACUACGAGCGUCUGCAGGCCAUGAAUGAGCUGCUGGAGUCUGAGGAGGCUCCGCUCCCUCAGGCUGCCCUACAGCAGUGGCUGCAGAAGCUUGAUGUUGGCUGGAACAAACUGCUAGAGAUGUGGGAGAGCAGGAGAGAGGUUCUGGUCCAGGCUCACAUCUUCCACCUGUUCCUACGAGACGUCAAACAGGCCGAGUCCUUCCUCAACAACCAGGAGUCGGCCCUUGCUCACGUGGAACUGCCUGCCACCGUAGAAACUGUGGAAGCGGCCAUCAAGAAACACAAGGAUUUCACUACGACCAUGGAGCUGAACCUACACAGGAUCAAAGCCGUGAUAGAAGCUGGAGAGAGUCUGAUCAGCCAGAGCAACAUCUACUCUGAGCGCAUCCGCGAGCGCGUCGACACCCUCGCCAACAGAGGGAACCAGAACCGAGAGCUGGCCCAGCAGUGGCUCCAGAAACUCAACGAUCAGUGGGAGCUCCAGAGGUUUCUCCAGGACUGCCAUGAGUUGGGGGACUGGGUGUGCGAGAAGAUGCUGAUGGCAAGGGACAACAGCCGAGAUGAGACGCAGAAGCUUCAUAAGAAAUGGCUGAAGCACCAGGCCUUCAUGGCUGAGCUGGUCCAGAAUAAGGAAUGGCUGGACAAGAUUGAGAGGGUGAGUCUUGUUGCACCACAGUUCUGCUGCUUUGGUUUUAUUCUGUCUGAAGCUGACACAUUUUCUCUCUCCCUCAGUGAGCAGAUCAGUAAGCGGCAAUCGCAGAUCGACCGUCUCUACGUGUCUCUCAAGGACCUGGUGGAGGAGAGGAAGAGCUGUCUGGAGCAGCAGUACUGGCUCUACCAGCUAAACAGGGAGGUGGAUGAGCUGGAGCAGUGGAUCGCUCAGCGGGAGGUGGUUGCCAGCUCACCUGAGCUGGGCCAAGACUUCGAGCACAUCACCGUCCUGCAGGAGAAGUUCACUAAGUUUGCUUCAGAGACAGGCAGUGUUGGACAGGAACGAGUAACCGCCGUCAACCAGAUGGUGGAUGAGCUCAUUGACUAUGGCCACGCCGAGGCCGCCACCAUCGCUGAGUGGAAGGACGGGGUGAACGAGGCCUGGGCCGACCUGGUGGAGCUGAUGGAGACUCGGGCGCAGAUGCUUGCUGCAUCACACCAGCUGCACAAGUUCUUCUCUGAUUGCAGAGAGGUGUUGGUGCAGAUUGAGGACAAACAUCAAAAGGUGUCGGAGGUUCGAGUCCGGCAGAGUGGGACGGCCAACACCAGCUCGCUGCAAAGACUCAUGCACAGCUUUGAACAGGACAUACAGCUGCUGAUCACACAGGUGCGUCAGCUACAAGAGAGCGCCGCCCAGCUCAGGACCGUGUACGCUGGUGAAAAGGCCGAAGCCAUUGCCUGCCGUGAGCACGACGUGAUGCAGUCCUGGAAGGAGCUGCUGACGGCCUGCGAAGAGUGUCGACUACAGAUCUCCACGGAGACAGACAAGCUGAGGUUCUUUGGCAUGGUUCGAGACCAGAUCAUGUGGAUGGACUCCAUCAUCUGCCAGAUAGGAACCGGAGAGAAGCCCAGGGAUGUGUCAUCAGUGGAAGUGCUGAUGAAUUAUCACCAGAGCCUGAAGAGUGAAGUGGAGGCUCGUAGCCACAGCAUCCUGGAGUGUAUUGAGAUGGGCAAGACUCUGCUGGCAGCGAGAAACCCCGCUGCUGUCGAGAUCAAGGAGAAAUUGGAUAAAGUUGUUGCUAAGCAACAUGAGCUGUCUGAGAGGUGGGACAAGCACUGGGAAGUCUUACAGCAGUUGUUGGAGGUCCAUCAGUUUGCACAGGAGGCCGUGGUGGCGGAUGCGUGGCUCACAGCCCAGGAGCCGUUAAUUAACAGCAGCGAGCUGGGAGCAAGUGUGGACGAAGUAGAGCAGCUGAUUCGUAGACACGAGGCCUUUCGUAAGGCCGCCGCAAACUGGGAGGAGCGAUUCAGCUCGCUUCGACGCCUCACCACAGUUGAAAAGUUAAAAGCAGAGCAGAGCAAAUUACCCCCGACACCCUUGCUGGGGCGGAAAGUCUUCCUGGACCCCCAAGAUGCCUUGGCCAGUCCAUCCCCCCUUCCCCGUCUCCCACUGUCCCCUGUCAUGAGACAGACUAUAUAUGAACAGAAUGAAGCCAGCUCUCCUCCCUUUCCUUCACCUGCGACCCCAACACCCUCCCCGUCGCCCGUCGCUCGCCACCUGGGUUCAACAGUCACAAACUACAGUCCAGUGAUGAAUGGCUCCACCUACCGCCCCGCCCAGAGCAGGAUGGUGGGUGUGGCUGCAGGACUGGGGAAACCUGCAGCAUCAUCAAUCGCUUCAAUUGCCACAGCAGCCAUGCUUGUUUCAGCCAAUCAAGUGCGAGAAAGUGCCAAUACAGCAAGGGAAAAGGCUGGGAAGGUCAUGGAUCACCUCCAGCCAGUUCAGACAGCAAGGGAACUAGAAGUGCAAUCCCCCUAUCUGCGGCAGCCUAAAAUCAAACACUUGGACGAUGCAGUGACACCAUUGCUUGUGGCCAGCCGGCUGGAGAAGUCCAGGGAGCGGAUACGGGAGAGGGAGGCCACGUUGGGAGACAUUGGGACAGAGAAAGCAGAGAUGGCUGUGAUGGCUGAGGUAGUGUUCCAGGACCCAGGCAGAGAACGCCUGAGCAAUGAGCACUCCAGAGGGUCCCGGGGCACUUCCAAGACUGCCACUUUGUGACAUGCUGAGCCCCAAGUCCAGACCCAAGUGUACCACAAGGACCACAGGAUAGAACGGCCGCUGUCCAGCGAGCAGCUCAUCCAGGCUCGUCGGGAUGAGCUUCCUCAGGAGGUCUGGAGGGAACAAGCAGAGAGACGGGACAGACGGACGCUUGAGAGGCAAUCAUCCAGUGAGCAUGAGGGCCAUGGUAGCCAUGAAGGCCGGCGGAGAGAGAGAGACCGACACCACGUGGAGAGACGAGAAUCCAGUGAACACGACACCGGGAAGGAGCAAUCAGACCGACGCUCAGGAGGCGGAGAGAAGAGGUCCACGCUGGCAGAGAUCGUAGAACAGCUGCAAGAGAGAGAAGCUGCACAGGCUCGGGGUGAGGUGCCCCGCCUACCAAACGGCUUACCAGAGAAGUUUUCCCGUCCGGACCGACCUCGAGCUCGGGACAGACCCAAACCACGGCGCCGACCGCGACCCAAAGAGCCAGGAGAGACGACACGGAGGUCGAGGUCGGCUCCAGCCCAGAGCAGCCCGGCAGCCCCCCAGCCGCCGGCACACACCGCACACCACGAGGGCUUCCUUUUCCGCAAGCUGGACAUCGAGAGCCUGAAGAAGAGCACCAACAGCAGGUCCUGGGUCAACCUGUACUGUGUGCUGAACAAAGGGGAGCUGGCUUUCUACAAGGACGCCAAGAACACCACCACACCGUACAACAACGAGCCACUGCUCAGCCUUUCCCACUGCCACUGUGAUGUCACCAACGGCUACAAGAAGAAGAAGAACGUCUUCACGCUCAAGACAAAGGACGGUAGCGAGUUUUUGUUCCAUGCAAAAGAUGAGGAUGACCUGAAAACGUGGGUGACGAGUAUCUCCGCCUGUAUCUCAGAGCACGAGGAGAUUGCAAAGUGGGGUCAACCCCAGCCAACUACCUCAUCGACCGACGACGGCACACGCCGCGACGGCAGCAAGGCGGACAACAGGUCGGAGCGAGGCGGGGAGCGCUCAGACCGGGCAGAGCAGAUCGAUCGGGCCGAGAGAGAGAAGGAAAGAGAGAGAGAUAAAGAGAGGGAGCGAGGUGAAAGGUCGGAGAGGUCAGAGCGAGGCGGGAAAUCAGACAGCAAACGCUCAGAGAAAUCCGGCAAGAAAAAAUGAGGCGGGUGACGUCAGGAGCAAAGUGUGUGAACUCUGGAUGGAGGCGGGGCUGCAGACCGGUCGUGACCGCGCCCCUCUUCCUGUGUUUGGCUGCAGGACAGAUUUGGUGCAGGGGGUGUCUUUCUCUCUCUCUCAGAGCUAGUGACACGCCGCCUGCGCCCCUUAGUGGCUGACUCAGAGAACUGCAACAGGGAUUCAUCCUGAAGCCUGUGGGAGGAGCAGAAUGAUGCAGGUCAUGUGACCUCUGAGGCUGUCUGAGGAAGCGUAGCUCAUACUGUUCCAUGGUUCUGUUUGUAUUCAGCCCAUGUGUAUUCCUCACCUGUCUGUCUGUCUGUCUGUCUGUCUGUCCACACUUUGUUUACCCUGAAAAAGCUAAAGAGAGAGACAUGAUGCCAAAAUGUUCUCCAGACAUCAUUCCUGGGAUCUUUGCUGUGUUUCAGCUGUGUGGAAUUGAACCUGGUUUCACUUUCAGAGCUCCAAAGCCUCAUUCAUGCACCAACACGACGACUGUGCCUGUUUCAGAGCGGACGAAAACAAAACUUUCACAAAUUCAUCCAAAGACCUGAAAUCCACAAAAAAGAAAGAGGGGACAAAAAUCUGUCAGACAGAGCACACAGAGUAAAACCUGAUCAGGUGACCACUGCAGCGCCACGUCUUAAAGGGGUCAGAUUGUGCUCUCUCUCUCUCUCUCUCUCUCUCUCUCUAUAUAUAUAUAUAUAUAUAUCUACCUAUCUAUCUAUCUAAUCAAUAAUGAUUAUAAUAUUGCUUGCUGUUACAUCUCCAUAGAAAUUGUGCUGUGUGGCCUCCAGCUUGUAAUAUCAGAGUAAGU